AUGAAGGAAAGCCUCAUGCCCACGUCCCUGGCUGAGCUGGACUUGGAACCCCAGCUGCCUGAUUUCUCAGAGAGAAGAUGUUUCAUUGUCUUCUGUGGGCUGCUGGCCCAGACCACAGCCCUGCUGGAAGCCGUGCCCUCGCCCCUGGACCCAACUCUGCCCUCGUCUAUGAUUCCAGACCUGGAAGUGAGUAUCCCAGAUGUUCCCGGAAGCUUGAGCAGUGCUCUCAGCCAUGGCUUGCUCUCUGAGGGUCUGUUGGGCAGUCUCGAAAAUCUUCCACUCUCGGAUGCUCUGAAGGCUGAAGGAGUCACUUCCAGAGGCCUGUUUAGGGGCCUGCUUGGGAAAAUGGUUUCAGCAAUGCCUUUCCUGAACGUCAUUGAUGCGAAGAUCACUAACCCCCAGAUGCUGGAUCUUGGCCUUGCGCGGAGCCCUCGUGGCCGUCAUCUCUAUGUCACCAUCCCUCUGGGCAUGACCCUCAAUGUGGAUGUGUCCCUGGUCGGAAGUCUGUUAAAACUGGUUGUGAAUCUAAACAUCACUGCAGAACUCUGA